AUGGCAUUUCCCAUUCUGGGACUUCACCGUAAAACCCAGACCAAUAAAGUCCCGUUGCUAAUGGAGGCCCGUAAUGAAAACGAGCACGUAAUCGAUAUUGCAAGCAGCAGCAACCAUUCACCUUCAGUUUCAGCUAACGAGAGGCUUCCAGGUGAUGUCCACCAACAAUUUAGUGAUGACCAGACUUCCACGAGCUCAAGAAACCCCAUCUAUCAGCCUGCAAUGUUUUCUGCUGGCCCAACUUCAAGGAACUCGUCAGUUGUGCGGAGAGGAAACAGCCGGGCCCGCCAGAGAAGCCCAUUGAAUUCUGCUCUGUGGAUAUCUGUGGAGCUAGUUUUGACAGUCAGCCAGAUUGUUGCGGCUGCUGUGAUUUUGUCUCUGUCCGAGCACGAGAGUCCGCAGGCCCCUCUGAGGGCAUGGAUCGUGGGCUAUGCAUCUGGUUGUUUCGCGAUUCUUCCUCUUUUAUACUGGCGUUUUAAGCAUCGAAACCAGGUUUCCGAACAGGAAGGGUCCCAGCGCUUGGAUUCUUCACAGGGGAAUGGUAACGGUGGGCCCAUGACUCGGAGAGUCAUGGAAGGUAGUCAAAUGGAUUCUUUACAGGGUAAUGGUAAUCGUAUGGCAAAUGGUGCAGUAAUCAGGGGCAACCAAAGUAAUGGAUUGUUGAACUCGAGGCUUAAGGUGUUAUUUGAGUACUUCAAGAUGGCUUUGGAUUGCUUCUUUGCUGUCUGGUUUGUGGUUGGCAAUGUAUGGAUUUUUGGAGGACACUCAUCUUCCAAUGAAGCCCCCAACCUGUACACGUUGUGCAUAGUAUUUCUUGCCAUUAGCUGUAUCGGUUAUGCAAUGCCAUUUAUUCUGUGCACCACAAUCUGCUGCUGCCUGCCGUGUAUAAUAUCAGUUCUUGGCUUCAGAGAAGAUUUCACUCAGAAUAGAGGAGCAACUCAGGAAUCGAUUAAUUCCCUGCCAACUUAUAAAUUUAAAGUAAAGAAAAAUAAAAACUCCAAUGAUAAGGAGGCAGGUGGAGUCGAGGGUGGGAUAGUGGCUGCCGGGACUGAGAAAGAGCGUGUGGUGUCAGGAGAAGAUGCAGUUUGCUGUAUUUGCUUGACAAAGUACGCGAAUAAUGACGAACUUCGUGAGCUGCCUUGCUCACAUUUCUUCCACAAAGAAUGUGUCGACAAGUGGCUGAAAAUCAACGCGUCUUGUCCUCUUUGCAAAGCCGAAGUUGGCGAGAGUAUUCUGAGUUCUUUAACUGAAGCAACUGCAAACUUGCGAAAUAACACUAUAUAA